AGGUUGGAUGUUUCGGCAAACUGAGUGGAAGUGUGUAUCUUAGUAGGUGUAAAAUUUCUCUGCGAAGAGAUCAGUUAGUUUCAGUCGCUUCCCGCCCCGCUCUUGCUUGACAAGAGACGGUCUGCUGCGCUGCAAAGUCCUCGGGGCCCGGGCUUGUGGCACAUCUUACACUUUCUUCCUCUCCCCGCGCUGGCAUUGUGGCGUGAAUCGGUGCUCCUGGGUGUGGGGACCGGGGCUGAGCCAGCGCAGGCCCUCCCUCCCAGGGCUUUGCUGAGUGACUGCCUCACUGGUGUGGAGCCUCCGGGGUUGUCGCAGAUGCGUCUGUGGGGACGCUCUGGUGGCUUCGCCGACUCAGAAGGGCUGUGCUCUCAUCUCACCCAACCUCAGCCAUCAGUGUCUUUUCCUCCUCCCCCGGGGACAGUUUGGUACUAGCCACUGCAGCUCACACCUCUGGAAGUUGACAUCAUGGACAUAUGCGAGUCAAUCCUGGAGAGGAAGCGGCACGACAGCGAGAGGUCUACGUGCAGCAUCUUGGAGCAGAACGACAUGGAAGCUGUCGAGGCUCUUGUUUGCAUGAGCUCCUGGGGUCAGAGAUCCCAGAAAGGGGACUUGUUAAAGAUAAGACCCCUCACACCUGUCUCUGAUUCUGGGGAUGUUUCCACCAUUGUGCACGUGGACGCAGCCACACCCGAGUUACCAAAGGACUUCCAUUCUUUAUCAACUCUGUGCAUGACUCCUCCUCAGAGCCCUGACCUCCUGGAGCCAUCAACAGGGACAGUUGUUCCUUCCCAAGUAACUGAUUCCAAAGCACCGAUGGUCGUGGCUGUCCCCCCAGCCUCUACUGGGGCAGCCGGAGUGCUGAGCAGGAGGGCAGAGAGGGCCCUGCCUGGUUGGAAGCCAGAGCUGCCGGAGCCAGCUGUCAGCGCUCACUGCAGGGCCACGGUGACAAGUGUCAUUUGCCACACUGGGGGGGGUCCUGCUAAUGCCUACGUUCCUACCACCCAGACUCAAGCACACCAACCUUUGGCCAGCGCGGAAGGAGAAGUGCGGUUUCUGGGGCACGUUGAAGCUGUGCAGGACACACACCUCGCAGACCGUGUGCUCAGCGUUAACGCAGCGUCCUGUCAGCCUUGUUUGCACGAGUCCAGUGGCCUGAGCCCCACCGACAAAGCCCAGCAGGCAGGGUGGCCCGUUGCAAUUCAGACCUGCUCACCAAAGAAUUAUGAAAAUGACUUGCCAAGGAAAGCCACCCCUCUGAUUUCUGUCCCCAUUCCUAGUCCCCCUGUCCUUUGCCAAAUGAUCCCUGUGACUGGACAGAGUGGCAUGUUAUCAGCGUUUUUGAAGCCACCUCCCCAAGUGUCUGCAGGGACUGUCAAACCCAUCUUACCCCACGCUGCUCCAGUGCCCCAGCCUGUGUUCGUGGGACCGUCUGUGCCUCAGGGAACUGUGAUGUUGGUUCUGCCCCAGGGGGCCCUCCCACAGCCUGCCGCGUGUUCGUCUAGUGGCAUGGCAGUGGGGAACAGCAGGUUACUGCCCCUUGCCCCGGCCCCAGUGUUCAUUGCGUCCGGUCAGAACUGCGCCCCUCAGGUGGACUUUUCCCGAAGGAGGAACUAUGUCUGCAACUUCCCAGGCUGCCAGAAAACCUACUUCAAAAGUUCCCACCUCAAGGCUCAUCUUCGCACUCACACAGGAGAGAAGCCUUUCACCUGUAGCUGGGACGGCUGUGAUAAAAAAUUUGCUCGUUCAGAUGAACUCUCUCGCCACCGCAGAACUCACACUGGGGAGAAGAAGUUUGUAUGCCCGGUGUGUGAUCGGCGUUUCAUGCGCAGCGACCACUUGACAAAGCAUGCCCGGCGCCAUAUGACCACCAAGAAGAUCCCUGGCUGGCAGGCGGAGGUUGGCAAACUGAACAGAAUUGCCUCAGCCGAGAACCCUGGGAGCCCGCUGGUGCGCCUGCCAGCCUCUGCAUGAAAGGUCCUCCAGGGAAUUGUGGAUGGGAGUUUUUCAAAGCCUUUUUUCAGGAAUGGAAGUGAUGGUUUUCUCUCCAAAAGAAAUUGUCUUGAGGGCUAGGGGAGCUGGUUCUGAUGAAAGUAUGUUAACUUGUCUUUUUUGGUGGGGAACCCUGUUCAAUAUCUUUUGUAGUUUCAGAAGUUCUUUUAAGGAAAAUGGAAGAAAAUUUGAUAAUCUAAAUCACCAGCAUUCAAACAAACAUUUCGGCAAUAAAUUUUACAAAAUCUGGAUUUUUUUUACAACCUUCCUAUUCCUGUUUUGUAGAAAUGAGACAGGUUACUGAUUUUUAUACUGUUUUUUAUAAAAAAAAAUUUAUAUUGUUGGUUCUCAAAUUACCAGUUUCUAUAUAGAUGAUUUUACAAUCUUCUUUUCAAUGUUUAACAACGUUUUUAUAAUAACCCUACUUUUAGUAAAGUUGGCGCAUUAUUCAGACAAAAAAAAACUUUACAACUUUGUAAUCAGGCCUUUUAGAUCUAAGAAUUUUUUAGAACUGGUUGAAUAGGGGCCUCUUAAAGAAAUGGGGGGAAAAAACUUUGCAUUCAGCUUCUUCACAACAUUUUCAAGGGAAAUUCCAGACAACCAUUUCUUUAAGGCUGUAGCCCAAGGAAUUAAAAUUUUCGUUAAGUGGAACUUAGUCACCUGUGUCCAUGGUGUGACUUGUGAAGAAUGUACCCCAGAGAUUAACUUAAAAUACUCGGUAGAUACUCGGUAGAUACCCAGCGAGCAGAGAGCUGCUGUAGGGUCUGAGUGUCUGUACUCUUGCUGAGAGCAGACCAUUCAGAGUCUCCUGUUUGUACCUCAAACCCCCAAAAAAGAAAAUGUAAGCACUCAAACCCAGCUGAUUUGUCAGUUGUCAGUUUGACUUCUUUCGCUGUGGCCUUAUCCAGGUGUUUUGUGGGUAGAGUAACUGCUUAGAGAAAAAGAUGUCCUUAGUAGUGGGAGGAACUUUCCACCAAAGUAAAGCUUAUGUGAGGGGAAGCGGACAUGCAUACGGUCCAGCUCCAGUGCUCUGAUUCCUUAUUUAUUAAGUAUUAAGAACGGUGGGGAAUGCAAGUUAACACUAAGCGGCAGUAAUACUACCAGGCUGUCCUUUCACUCGUUUUGUUUGAAGGAAAUUGUUUUGAUCAAACAGAAAAUUACUUGGAAUGGGGUAUUUUGCAGUCUGCCUAGAAAAUAGACCAUGGGCAUCACUUUGAAGCUGUGAGCACAGGUCCCAGCAUUACAGAGACUGCACCCCAGUGUCCAGGUGUGCAGGAAGCUGCUGAGACUGCUUUUGUUGGGCAGCAUUGGGAAUCCAGGCAAGAGAGGGCAUGUCAGGAACAUGGUGAUAUUGCUCCGCCCUUCGAGCCUGGGAAUGGUUUUUAUUGUGCCGUAUGUAUUUAGAUUUUUGUCUUUGCCUCUUAUUUAUUUGCAUUUACCUUUAUUAAAAUGACGGUAAGGUGAAAUAUGGAAUAAAUAUAAUCAGGUUUUGUGUUCAGGUCUUUUUUUUUUUUUUUGUCCGGUAUGUGGGUCUCUCACUGUUGUGGCUUCUCCCGUUGCGGGGCACAAGCUCCAGAUGCGCAGGCUCAGCGACCAUGGCUCACGGGCCCAGCCGCUCCGCGGCAUGUGGGAUCUUCCCAGACCGGGGCACGAACCCGUGUCCCCGGCAUCGGCAGGCGGACUCUCAACCACUGCGCCACCAGGGAAGCCCUCAGGUCUUUUUAGUCUAAUAACCCUUGCCUGGUCAUUCAUUAUAUGUUACUUGAUACCCAUGAAGUAGUAUCAACCGCUGAUUGACAUACAGGUCUGUAAGCGCCGGCUGUGCGUUUAGUAGGCUUCCGUGUCUUUGGAGACUUCUGUAGUUGAGUAUUCCUACUGGGCAUGAGACAUGCUACAGUUGGAAGAGAACCAGAAUUAAAUGCCUAUAGCUCGUGAUUCCCCACCACCCAGUUCUUUCUUGCACUCAUAUCUUAAAUCAGCAUAAACAUUUCUGUGUGUAUGCUGUAAGUGGCAUUAAAUUUGGAUAUUUUUCUUAAUUAUACAAAGUAAUGUUAGUCCUAAUGUUCUGGUAGAUAAUACAACGUCUCUUGAGUAUUUGGUUGCUUGUCACCUUGAACUUCAUUCUCUGAGCAGUGGUGUUGCUAAAGGAUAGAUGUGUUUAAAAAAAAAGUUUUGAUUUACACUUCCAUUUCCUGAUUAGACUUUGAAAUACCUUCUGUAAACAACAUUUUUGGCCCUCUGUUGAUUGAAAGAUUGUAAAUUGGGAAACAGCUUCAUCUGAAAAAUGCAACGUGAGAACCAGAACCCCGCGGUGCGUGUUCGGCGUGGAGUCCCUCCGCUGUGGCCCGGGCAUUGGAGGAGGGCGCGGGCGGCACGUCCCCCAGUGCACUUUACUGCCUGAGCAAUUUUGCUUGAUCUUUUUUGACUUUGAGCCUUUCAAGUAGUUAAUACAAUUUUAAAUGUUUCAGAAUUAUGUUUUAUGUAACAGACUUUGACUUAUUAUUUAAAUGAGUAUGUGUGGUGUAACUUUUUUCUUUGGAUCAUAUAAAACUUUUUUGAUUUGCAAACUGGACUUGUGUCCUGUGUCAUUUAA